ACGCACCGACUCCAAGCGCAACUGUACGCACCGACAGCAAGAGGAACAGAGAGAGAGAGAGACUGAGCUUUAUUAGAGGAGGUUGUAGUUCUUCUGACCCACUCACUCACAGCUUUAACAGAAUGAUGCUGCAGCACUCAGGUCCCUCGCUGGCUGACAUCAGCUGCUCCGCCCUGGUGCCCUGCCUCUCCCCGCCGGGCACACUCACCCUGGACGACUUCACUGACUUCACACCCAUAGUGAAAGAGGAGCUGCGGCUGGCCAUCCAGUCCAAGCGCCUGUCCAACGGGCUCAGCGUCGACAUGAGCUCCGACGGUGCCAGCUCCAGCUCGGACCGAGCCUCGGAGCACCUCGCCUGUGGAUCCGGAGUCAAGAGAGAGGCGACACCUCAGGAACACGAGAGGAGGAAAAGGAGGAGGGAGAGGAACAAAAUUGCUGCUGCCAAGUGCCGCAACAAGAAGAAGGAGAAGACAGAGUGUCUGCAAAAGGAGUCAGAGAAACUGGAGACUGUCAAUGCUGACCUGAAGGCUCAGAUUGAGGAGCUGAAGCAGCAGAAGCAGCAGCUGGUCUAUAUGCUCAACCUACACCGGCCCACCUGCAUCGUCCGAGCCCAAAACGGCCAAACGCCUGAGGACGAGAGAAACCUCUUCAUCCAGCACAUCAAGGACAGCACCUUACAACUCCACAACAUCACCUCCUCCACUGCCACCACCACCUCCACCUCCUUUUCCACAUCCAUCUCCACAGUAGCAGACGGAGGAUUUCUGUCCCUCGAUCACAUUCAGUGUCCCAGUCACCUAUGAGCAAUCAGGUGUUUUCCCCCUUUUCUAAGACUUGCUUCCACCUGCUGCCAUUAAUGUAGCACAUCCAGUGGUGGCAGGUGGAGCCGUUACAGACUUAUGACCUGAGAAUGACGUGACGUACAAUAAAUGCCACCUUUGGAUGACUCCUCGGUCCUGUUCGCCGUCCACAAAGCUGCUAGAGAGAGUGUUGCAUAAAAUGACCUCAAUGCCUCCCGCUCCCUGAAACCUUUGCUGCUGAUUGGGCAGGAAGUGACAUACCAUGGACAUCACCUUGACAUGCAUUGUGUAUUUUUUUUUUUAAGCAUUACAGACAGUCAGGGCCAAGGACAGAUGCUAAAGCACUAAAAGACAAAACAAAACAUCAUUUUUUAUUUACUGGUAUUUUGAAUAGAUGAGAGUCUGAUUUAGUGUCUGAUUUUUGUACCAUAGCGGGAUUUCAAGGUGAUAAAGGCACAUAAUUUAACGGUUCACCCACAAAGAAAGUAGACACAGAUUGACCGUGUGAGUGUGUUUGAGCUGCAAGUCACUGACUUAAAACAAGACAUUGUUGUUUGUGCUUAGUGUAUGAGAAAUAGUAUAUUUAUUAAGUAACUACUGUAUGAUGUGUUAUUGCCGUAUCAACCCUGUCUGCUUGUCCUUUAUCCAAUAUGAACUACUAAAUUUGCUGCUACUACUAACCACUCAGGACCUAACUGUAGAAGUUGAUUUUUUUUUUUUGCCCCAUUUAAGAGCUAACCUCUCAAAAAGUGUGAAUACAAGUGUGAGGUUGUUUGCUAUCAGUCAGGGUAGGAGUAGCAGUCACAAAAGGGAAAUGAACUUUGCAGGCAGGGUUUAUAAUUCUGCACUUAAUGAGAAAAGCAUAGUAAAAAUUAUAAUCGUAUAUGCAGAUGAUAUCUUACUUUUCUUAAUCAUUUGAAAUGAAUUGGUGAGCAAAGUUGUCCCAAAAAAUGUAAUACUGUACAUAAUGUCACAAGUACACUUUAUUUAUCACUGCGUUCCCUCUUAAGUUAAACAGAACUAGUGUUGCUUUUUACAUCUUCUGUGACGAUGGAGCUUCACAAGUACAAGUGUUAUUUUUCAGACAUGUUGUUUUCUACCUAAAAUCUUGUAUAUUGUAUUGACUGCGCAUUCACUCUGUACUGUGCUACUGUAUGUAAACACCGGAUGCCUCUUUUGGUCUUGACAGAGCAAAACAAAAAAGAUUAUUUUUUAAAAUGUAUUUUAUUAAUAACAUUUGGUUUGGAAGUUGUGUUCACUAGAUAUCAUUAGCUAGGUAUCGGAAGUGUUGUAUCAGCUUUCGGCUGGUCCUUUAACACGCUUGACUCUGAAGUUAUGCAGGAUGAUGUAAUAUUAUACUGUGUGUUAUGAGCUUUAUCACUUCAAAUUACUGCCAAAUAUGUUUCCCUCCUUUUACUCCCGUUUCCUUGCUGGCCCGUUUGCUUUAGAGUGAAAUGUGGUUUAUUGCGCAAGCAGAAACUGAAGGGGGACACCAUAGAAUCAAUCCAUAGUGUUCAUCAGUAGCAAUGCAUCUGCAAGGAAGACCCUGAAACCAUCAAUCAUUGCAAUUCACUGUAUAGCUAACACAUCAAAAGGGAAACUCUAAUAGAUAAUAUAUAUAAUUUAAGUAAGUGGCAACACUUCACCAAGCAGACAUCUUUGCAUACAUUUUUUUAAACUGUUCAUAACAGAAGAGUAAUAAUUUAUGAACAAACAGCACAUUACUGUAUAUCCAUUCACGGUGAGGACUGAAGUUUUAUAUUUUAUGUUUGCAUGGUAGAAAUUUAAGAGUAGAAGGUUUAUAUUGUUUAUCGUCUGUAAGGAAAAAAAACAUGUGAGAGUCACACAGUUAAAGGGACGCAGGCGUCUGCGUGUGUUCAUAGCGUGUGUGUUGUUUUUGUGGUUGAAGUUGUUUAUUGUCUCGUCAUGGCUAGAUAGCUAAUAGGCACUGAGCUCGAUGCAUAUAUGUAUUCUAUGUAUUCUAUUGUGCCUACUUCUACUGGAGGCUGUUUUUUGGCUGUUUUUUCGGCUCAACUGUGGAGCAUCAUAGCCUAACUGAAUAAUCUGUAGGCUGUCAGGUACAACUGCACUGCUACUACCAAUGUGUACUUCCAUCUCUGUGAUCUGUCAACUUUUGUUUUUGAUACUUUGUUAAUUAAAAAUGUGUAUUGCAAAUGA